UACAACACCAAAGCCUUCGGCGCGACAAACCUGUCCGGUCGUACAAAAAGAUUCAAACGAAUUAAAUUCGACUUCAAGGACAAUGGCCGCGACGACGAUCAUUUUGGCUCUCGCUGUAUGCGUUCUCGCGAUCGCUAGCAUAGAAAGUGCUGUGAUAAAAAUGCAAGAGAUCCCCCUAAAACCCGGUGUCACGAUGAAGAUUGUGAUCAAAGACGACCCGAAACACGAAGGAGGUGUGGUUGCCUCAAUCAGAAUUGGCAUGGACGAUAAGCCAAAAACCGAGCGAGUCCUUACGAAGCUCAUCAAUAGCUACGUGAAACCGGCAUCAGACUUCGUGCCCGAUUUUGAAGAUAGAAAUUCUUUUGGCAAAGGGAAUGGAAAUUGCGGCAGCGGACAAGUGCGAAGGGGACCGCUUUGCGUGAACGCCUAAAAAUUUCAAACGAAACGUGAUAGUAUUGGUAAUUAAAACACUUCAAUUCCGGAAUUUAAAAGUGCCAAAGUAAUGAAAAACUAAGUAAUUCAUCAAGUGUGUAAGUGUGAUUAGUGAAACUGUGUAUCUGUAAUGUACAAUUUUUACACGAGAACUUUAAAAAUUUGCUCAACAUAAAGUUUAAACAUUUUGUAUAAUAACGACUCGGACAAAUAAUGUAAUAUUUGUUCUUAUUACAACAUAAUAUAACGACUGGAUAUUGAAUCACAGGUCGCUAGUUAGUCCAACCUCUGUACAUAUUGAGCUAUAGAAGUUUUUGUCGAAAAACAUGCUGAAGAUUAUUUGUCGCCAAUAAGUUGACGGUUGGAGAGCGUAGGACAGCAAUUGGUUUUGUACAUCAAAAUUAGUUUGCAUAAAAGGCUGGUGUUAAACAUACGAUAAGUAUUUCAAACAACGAGAGAUUUUGUUAUUCGUAUUGUGAUAAUUACUAGCAAUUUAUGCAACAAGCGUAGUAGGAAUAUUCUCACACUAAGCUUGCGGUCUGAGUACAUAGUUUUGUAAACAAUUUAAUAAGGAAGUUACUUGCAUACUGCAAUGCGUCUAUACCGUUUUAUAAUUAAUUAAUGUAAUUAUUUAUUGUGGUUUGUAAUUGUGAUAAUAUGCUGCUUUAUUAGAUGCUAAUUUAUGUUAUAAUAUUAUAGUAUUAUUGUAUAAAAGAUUGUUGUAAAUGUUUUAUGAAUCUUUUGUUCUAAAAAGAUACGAGUGUACUCGUAAUUCAUAAUACUGUGAUAUCCGUGCGUAGAUUAUAAGAAUUUUAAAUAUUUAUUUAACGGUUAAUAAAAAGUACCAAACAUAAA